UUGAAAAAGACAUGCAAGAAAAUUUAAGGACUUGGCAAUGGCUUCUGGCUUUCUGCUAUCACUUUUAUUUACUUACGCAAUCGUCCUCCAUCUUCAUCAUGGCUUCAAACCACUCAAAUCUCAACUUAUCUUCAUAUACAAAUUAACCGCCAUGCAUCUCUUAGCCGUUAUUAAUGUGACACAGACAAAUUCAUCUCCUACAUUUCCUCCUCUUUGUCGCCACCUUCUCUCAACUUUUUCCUAUACAUAUAUAUUUAUUUGAUUAGCUUUGAUUUGUAUGGAGAGAAGAGGGUGAAACUAAUAUGGGGAGAGUGAAGCUUGAGAUCCAAAAGAUUGAGAACACAACAAAUAGGCAAGGAGGAAUGGUCUUAUCAAGAAAGCUUACGAACUUCCUGUUCUUUGUGAUGUUGAUGUCGCUCUCACCAUCGAUCUUUUCCCCAUCUGGAACACCCUCUUUCUUCUCCACCAACAAAAAAGGUUCAUUUCUUUACAUGUGUCAUCUACAAGAUAAUUCCUUCACUCAUUUUAUCUAUUCUAUUUCAAAACCUUUCUUCUUUCUUCAACAAUCUACUGAUCCACGCUCAUUAUUUUCCAAAUAUGUUUUAAAGCAUUUACGAUAUUCUAGAACGAUGCGUUAAUCCUCCGGAGGGUGAACGCAGAAGAGUUCCCAGCCACGUUGAUUAACACACUCAAAUUUCAAGAAUUUUCAGCAAGAAACUGUCUUUCUUGCUGUGCAACAAGAGAAAAUACCUUGUUGAUGGGAGGAAGAGGAUCCAUGAGCAUGAUUUGGGACAUUACAGUGGAAUAUUGCUCAUUCAAACCUCUCAAAAAUCUCACAGCAGUUUCAGUGUUUCUAUGCUUGUUGAGAUUCAUGAGAGCACCACAGGUGCACUUUGCGUUGCAUGUGCAGCUCUUUCAAAAGUUGCUUAGUAAGUUGAAAGAUGAAGCUGAUCAAAUAUGUCAAGCUCCAGCGAUGACUUCGGAUCCCAAACUUGAGAUAUUUGAAGGUGAUCCUUAUUCUGAGAUCAAAACGCUUAGCGAGGCGAAACAUCGUGAAUAUGUCCUUCGGGAAACUCUAAAGCAAGUGCAACUCCGAACAGUAAGUCUAUAUGCUUAAGUACAGUCAAGGUAGUCGCAUACAACAAACUUACUACUGUUAUUAUUUUUGUGUGCAACAUACAAAUUAAAUGAGUUAAUCAAUGGUGUGAAAUGUAUUAAAAUUGAAAGACAACUUACAAUUUUUCUUGAACAGUGUGAUUUGGAGGAGUGUACAAUUCUGAAGCCCCUCAUUCACCAUAGGUAUAUACAACGAUAUGAUUAAGAAGUUUGUUCAAUCACCAUCACACUUGAGUUUCUCCCCCAUUUUUGUGUGUAUAAAUGGUGGAUGAAUUUUUAAGAGAUCUAAAAUAACUUUGAUGUUAUCAUAGAACGUGAAUUUAAAUUGGAUCUAAUUUAACAUUAUAAAAUUGAUUUAUAAAUUAAGAAUUAUUUUUUAUUUAUAUACUGUUUAU